AUCCAGCCCGGCAUCUGCAGCCCAUCGCGAUCGUUCCGUCUGCCAUCGCACACUCUGCCCAUCGUCCGUGUGCCCUGCGCCAGGACCAUGGCCCCGAAGCGCUCUCGUCAUGACGGCCGCCGGAGCGGCCAGCUGAACGACGACGACGAUAUCGAACAAUCGCUCAAGAAACGUGCCUUCCCGCUCCAUGAAUACGAGGAGCAGCUGGCCGGGGCAGCGGAUACCCCGGCCGACCCAGAUGCGCCGCCCAUGUCGGCCAUCGAGUACCUGAAGCGGGUGCGCACAGAGGCCGAAAUGUACCCGUCCUUCAAGACAGCCGUGCUUGAGCCGCAUCUCCAGCAACAGUCGGCCCCGGCAGCUUCUGGGGCGGCAAAGAAUCCCCUCGACAUUCGGGCCAUGUACUUUGGAUCGCCUCAGCUGCACCAGGAGCCUGCAUGCGCCAUCAUCUAUCGCCCGUCAAAACUCUGGAUCGACCAGUUCAUCCAAGACUUUUCCGUGUUACACGCUGCGAUCCAGAAGCAGUAUCUACACCAACGAUCCAAGGCAAAGCCGGCGAUGCGGCUGCCAGCGAUCGGCGACGAGAGGGGCUGGAAGCGAAUGAUCUUGGGCAGAAGCCAGGUCUCUGAGCGGGUCGACCCUCUCCUGAGCAUCCUCAACGUUCUCGAUCAAAGCAAGGUCGUCAUUCUGCUGAGCCACUGCCACCGCUGGUGUCAGAACUCGGACUUUGAGAAUGUGCUCCAGAGCCAGUGGAUGUUUGCCUUGCUGCUGCGGCUUGACCCGCUGCUGACCUCGGACCAGAUCACCGUCCUGCGAGACGUGUGCAGAAAGUGUAUCAAGCUGCGAGCCGAGCUGGAUCCCGAAACAACUGACCCAGGGGCAUCCAUCGUUGCCGCGCUCAACAUCGUCAUCUCCAUCAUUUCUGUAUUCUUUGGACAAAAGGAUCUCAGAGAUACCGAGUUCUCCGACUCCAAGUGGGCCGAGAACAUGGCCAGGGACUACCGAGGACGGAGAGAUGGAUCACAGCCAUCGAUAUCGCCACCGCGUGGUCGUCCGCACGAUUCCGAACAUUCGACGCUGCAUGCCAGCGAGUUGGUCGAGCCUCGGCAACGGGGCGGAGCCGGGAUGGAGCCGAGCGACGACGCAGAAGAUGGCGAACUGGUCGAGCUGGAUGACUUCGAAGACGUCCAGGUUCAGGGCCGAAUGGAUAGUGAACCAAUGAGGAACGAAGCCGGACAGACAGACGUUUAUGGCCCAUCGAACGACGACAACGACAACGACGACAACGACAACGACGACAACGACAACGACGACGGGGUCAAAUCGACGAAGAUGAAGAGGGCGAGAUGGUGGCAUGAAGCUCAAUGUCGCCUGCAGUCCUCGUUCAUGGCUGGCAUUUCCGGAGGAGCACCUCGAGGCUGCACAGCCCACGAUGGAGGCGUAUACCACGAGACAGCAUCGACUGAUCAUCAUCAACGCCGGCGCACUCGGUUCGACUUUGGGAGGCUCGUGCUCGCCGGUGUGUCUCAUCAAUCUCCUCGAAGGGAUGGUCAACUCAGGAACAGUCGAGAGUGGACACCGGGCACAUCGCUAGCCCAGCGAGGCGAGACCCAACGACACUGAGGAUGUAGGGCGAUCGCGAUGGAUCAAUGCGGCCGCAGCGCUCUGUCUCGCUGUGUGAGCGAUACGAUCUGCAAUAACACGGAUCACCUCCGAGUGAAGACCUCCAGUCGCCCUCCGGUCUCCACAGUCGACUUGCACUGCCCCCUGGGACUAGAUGCAUAGCGCUUGCCUUGACGCCACGACGCCUUGCCAACGACA